AUGUCCUUCAUCAAAGCAUAUGUCUCCGAGCAAGUAUCUCUUGGACGCAUGACUGGUCCAUACAUGAAGGACCAAGUCGAAACAAUCUUGGGAUCACACUUCGUCUCUUCACCUCUCGCUGUCGUCCCCAAAGCGGGCUCGAAGAAAUUCCGUCUUGUCCAAAAUUGCUCUUAUAAAGAUGAAUUUGGUGUGUCCGUCAACAGCCAAAUUGACUCCGACGAUUUUCCCACAAAAUGGGGUACCGCAGCUCAGGUGGCCGAAAUUAUUGCUGAUGCACCGCGCGGUGCUCAGGCUGCAUGCCUUGACAUUGACUCUGCCUUUCGCAACCUUCCCAUCCACCCGCCUCACAAAGCCUUCCUCGUAAUUCAGUGUGAUGCGGGACAAUUCUACAUUGACCACGUCCUACCAUUUGGUGUGUCGUCUGGCACAGGUGUGCAAGGUGAGCCAAUGGAUGCUAUUGUGGACAUCCUCGCAGCACAUGGGAUUGGCCCUUCUCGGAAGUGGGUGGAUGACCUCAUCAAUUUUCGUUUUCCACUGUCGUGCACGGGCACCGAUAGUGACCCCUUCAGAUAUGCAUAUGGUCUCACGGACAUCUUUCGAAUCACCACUCCACUCGGCGUCCCGUGGCAUCAAACAAAGUUAUCCGAUUACUCCUACCAUGCUGUUUACAGUGGUUUCCUCUGGGACAUCGAGCGCAAGUAUGUUUCCUUGCCUGAGGAGAAGCGAGCGAAGUAUCUCUCGAAACUCGAAACCUUCCUUGUGGCAUUAAGCAGAGGCCGCGUAUCGCAGCACGAUGCCAUGUCUAUUAAUGGCACGCUCUCACAUGUCACCUUCGUCUACCCUCACGGCCGGGCUUUCCUCACCAACCUCUGCACAUUUGUCGCAUCAUUUAAGAACCGCUUCGCACCACGCUAUGCCCCACACUCAGUUACCUCUGACAUGCGUUGGUGGCAUACCACCCUCUCAGUUCCUGAUGUUGGUCGUUCGCUAACUUCACGAGGCCCGCUGCAAGACGUUGGUAUCUGGGUGGAUGCCUCCUCCAGCUGGGGGAUUGGCAUUAUUGUCGAAGGCCAGUGGAGCGCCUGGCGCUGGCGCGGUGAGCCAGGUUCCUGGAAGAGCGAUGGACGGGACAUUGGCUGGGCCGAAAUGAUCGCGGUCGAGCUUGCAGUGCGAACUGUCGAGGUGCUGGGUCACCGUGAUGCAAAUGUCCUUAUCCGGGGGGACAACCAGGGCGUACAGGGUGCAUUUACACGCGGCCGUAGCCGAAAUUUCCAAGUCAACGCCUCUAUACGUCGUGCUGACAUAAUCUCCAUGUCCCUCAAUAUUCUUUUCACUGUGCGCUAUGUUAACACUAAAGACAAUUUGGCGGACCGAGUCUCUCGCGGCGACCCGGAUCCCUCAAUGUCUCGUCGGCUCCCAUCCUUUAUGCUCCCCGAGGAGCUCACUUUCUUUCUGGUUGAUGCCUAA